GCCAGGAUGGACGUGUUCAUGAAGGGCCUGUCCAUGGCCAAGGAGGGCGUCGUGGCCGCCGCUGAGAAAACCAAGCAGGGGGUCACCGAGGCCGCGGAGAAGACUAAGGAGGGCGUCCUCUACGUCGGAAGCAAGACUCGAGAGGGGGUGGUACAAGGAGUGGCCUCAGUGGCUGAAAAAACCAAGGAGCAGGCGUCACAUCUUGGAGGAGCCGUGUUCUCUGGGGCUGGGAACAUUGCAGCAGCCACAGGCCUGGUGAAGAAGGAGGAAUUUCCCACUGAUCUGAAGCCAGAGGAAGUGGCCCAGGAAGCUGCUGAGGAACCACUGAUCGAGCCCCUGAUGGAGCCAGAAGGGGAGAGUUAUGAGGAACCACCCCAGGAGGAGUAUCAGGAGUAUGAGCCAGAGGCGUAGGGGCCCAGGACGGCCCCCCACCAGCAGCACAAUUUCCUCCCUGUCCCCUGCCCCCCCCCCCCCCCCCGAGCCAGGGCUGUCCUUCUACCCCUUCCCCCCCCACACGAGAUCUUCCUUUGCUCCGAGGGGCUCCCUUGGAGCCUGUGUUGGUGUCUGUCCAUCUGUCUGUCCUACCCGCCCGCGUCCAAUCCUGGGGCGCGGACAGGGCCGGGGCUGUUGCCCCCACGUAUGUUGCCCUCCUCCCCACCGCAUCCCGUCCAAUGUCUCCGCGGGUGUAGCAUGUUCUAUGUAUUUUUAAACGAAGAUCAGAAAGCGACGGCUCCCUCCACACAUCCCCGACAGAGACUCUCCGAGGGCCCCCCCCCCCCCCCCCCCCCCGGGCAGCCCAGAGCCUCCCACUCAACUCCCACAACGAUCCCAAGAACGUUUGUUGUUUUGUUUUGUUUUGUUUUUAAACCAAAACCAGGAGCCAGGCUGUGCCAUGCCCCCUCCCUCAGCCGGCCCAGUCCGAACGCGGGCGUCGUGUGU